AUGAAUCAAUAUAUUAUACCAUUGGCACAUAACGACCCAAGACUUUUUUCUCAUGUCUCACAAGCCUUUUCCUUGGUUGAUCUUGGCAAGCGUUUACUGGAUGCCGCAAAAAACGGAGAUGUCGAGGAAGUCAAGAAUUUAAUAAAUAAUGGAGCACCGUUUACUACUGACUGGUUGGGAAUAUCUCCUCUCCAUUUCGCUGCUAUGAAUGGACAUCUUAGUUCAUGUGAAGCGCUCCUACGUGCUGGUAUUAGCAGGGACGCUCGGACUAAAGUUGAUCGUACUCCUCUCCACUUAGCUGCUCAAGAGGGUCACGCAGAUAUUGUGGAGCUUCUGUUACGUAAUGGAGCGGAUCUUAGUGCUAAAGAUAUGUUACGUAUGACAGCACUACACUGGGCAGCCGAAAGAGGUCAUACACCUGUUGUUCAAAUGUUGAUGCGUUUUGGAGCUGAUGCACAUCUUCAGAACAAAUUCGAAAUGACUCCUUUAGAUAUAGCUGAGUGUAAACAACACGAUGAUGCUCGGGAUGCUAUGUUAAUGAUAGUCGAAACUCCGGAUGGUGAAACGCUUUAUGUUCAUCAUCAGCCUAAUGAAGACGGUUCUAGUGGUCUAGUCAUUUUAAAUGACACAGGUGAACAGGUGAAUAAUCCAACUUUGAUGGCACAAGUAAUGGACGCCUUGGUCGCUUUGCCAGAAAAUGUAAUCAAUGAAGCAUUAAAUGCAGAUAACUCUAACGUAAAUAUUGAAUCGGAGUUAGAUGCUUCACCACUUCAACGCUUGGAAAAGAGUCCAAAUAACAGAAACCUGAGGUCAGAAUUCAACAAGACAAUCGUUAAUAAUGAUAGGUUUUUCCAAACUAGCACUAAUGGAUGUCAAACAGGAGGUCGACGACUAAGCCCUACGCAUACUAUAGAUAAUGAAGAUGAUGACGAAGAUCUUGACAACGAUGAAUCAGAAUCAUUAGUAGCUCACUUAGCAGCGUUUGCCAACCAGCCUGAAUCCCAACAAACAACUAUCUGUGUAGAAGGAAUGGGAUCUGGUGCUUCAACUCAUGACUUAAUAAUGUGGUGCUUGUACAAUGGAAUAUUUAUUCGUGGCUAUGCAGAUGAACCAACUUUUGUCAUCGAAUUCGUUUACCAGGGUGAGGCAUACAACCUUUCGGCGUCAUAUGAUUCACAAUCCGGUACUAUCAAUUUCUAUCAUGUGGAGACUAACCAGAAGUUAUAA